AUGUCCUCCUUUGGACGAUAUAUUCACAACCGAAACAUUUCCAAAUUCACAAACCCCGUCUUCACUCUUCAAAUCCUCUACUCAGUCUAUCAAAUCCACCUCGUGGCCCGAGAAUUCCGACUCCAAGAUCCGGCCCUGUGGUAUGUGACUGCUUUCUGGAAGUCUUACUGGGCUGGCCAGGACCUGGCUGCUAUUUUCAUGGGUGUUGGGUCAUGGUUUUGGUUGCUGAAUUUAGGUCGUGGGCCGAUUGGCCCUGAGGAACCAUUCUUCUUUUAUUUAGUAGCACCUAUCCGACACGAUCCCUCAAAGUCACCCCACACACCCUUAUGGACUGAAUGGAUCGUGAAGAAUGUGUGGGGGUUAUUCAAUGUCAUUUGUUUAGCGUCAUUCCUCUUCCUUCCAGUUAUAUUCCAAACCUCUUGUCGAUACCAGGAAGGUAUUUCGCUCAUCCCGAAGUGGACUGAUACGUAUAAGAAUGAUCAGUGUAGGGAAAGGAAAAUUUGGCUUUGGGCUAUAGGGUUCUUUUAUGCUGCAUUUCACAUUUCUGUUAUCGUUAAGAUUAUUGUUGCUUAUUGGCCUAGGAAAGAUCAGAGGAACUUAAAGGAUAAUGUGAUGUUUGAGAUGGGGUGUGAGAAGGAUGUAAAUGAGAAGGGAGAGAAAGAACUUGAAUCAAUCAUGAAUCAUUAA